AUGAAUAAAAAAGUAAGUUUACCAUAUGAGGUGUGCGAAAUAAAGAACGUUCGUUUUGAGUUACCAAAAGAAUAUCAUCCAAAUGUAAAAUAUGGAUUUUUCAGAAAUUUCCUGUUUGGAGUGCACACUUCCUACUACCUAAAAAGUUUUUUGAAGGUAUCAUCAAAAGUCUUUGCAGGAUUUUUGCUGUUUUACUACCCUCUCGAUAAAACUCAUUGCAACAUACGUCGAUUCAAAAGAAAUUUGAAAAAGGGGAAUUAA